UUGACAAACGCAUUCGGGUUAAGUUCGAGCUGAACAGCAUAUUGUCUUAAAGUUUUGACGUAACAUAAUGGUAAACAACAGGAGAUUCGAGGCAAAACCAACUUGCUGUUGACUCAAGUGAACUUCAAUCGUUUCAAGUUGAAAAGGAAAUUUUAGUUGACCUGAAAUACAUAGCUCCUUAAGUAAAAAGAUGUCCAGCGCCAGUCUUCUGUCACGGUCCUUGCUGACGGAAGCUCCUCGAUCCACACACCGUUCCAUUUUCACUCUCAUUGUCGGCCUGGUGGUGGGCUAUUGCCUAGCAGUGCUUUUUUCAAGUAUUUCGCCGCACGAGAGUCUCUAUCCCUACUUAAGUCAGCGCCUGCGCAGUCCCCCGAUCUUACAUGAUGGAGGAAAACAGCUUGGUCUGGCUGAGGCACCCGAGCACAAUCCCUUUCAGCACGAUCAUCCCGAUGACAACACCACCGUGGCCGAGCAGCUGAAGCGGGAAGUGCGCAUCCUUUGCUGGGUUAUGACGAACCCCACCAACCACAAGAAGAAGGCGCGCCACGUAAAGCGCACGUGGGGAAAGCGCUGCAACAUCCUGCUCUUUAUGAGCUCCGGCCAGGACGACGAGCUGCCCACGGUGCGGCUGAAUGUGGGCGAGGGUCGCGAGAACCUGUGGGCCAAGGUCAAGGAGGCAUUCAAGUAUGUGUAUCAGCACCACUACAACGACGCCGACUGGUUCUACAAGGCGGACGACGACACGUACGCGGUGAUCGAAAAUAUGCGCUACAUGCUCUAUCCGUACAGUCCCAAGACGCCCGUACACUUUGGCUUCAAGUUUAAGCCCUUUGUGUCGCAGGGCUACAUGUCGGGCGGCGCUGGCUACAUUCUCAGCCGGGAAGCACUCCGGCGAUUGGUGGUAGAGGGCAUUCCCAAUCCGAAGAUAUGUCUGCCGGGAACGGUGGUCAACGAGGACAUAGAGAUCGGACGCUGCAUGGAGCACCUGAAUGUGACGGCCGGUGACUCAAGGGAUAUGAUGGGGCGCGGACGUAUGUUUCCAUUUGUCCCAGAACACCAUCUGAUACCAGCCAAAUGGGACAAGAACUAUUGGUAUUGGAAAUACCUCUACUAUAAGACUGAUGACGGUCUAGACUGCUGCUCGGACCUGGCAAUUUCCUUUCAUUAUGUGGCCCCAAAUCUGAUGUAUGUCUUGGACUAUCUAAUCUAUCACCUGAAGCCGUACGGCCUAAUGCGUUCUCUGGAGUCAUUGCCCGCCAAGCUCGAGGUGGGUCAGUUGCUUCCUGCUCCCAUUGAAAGACCGGCGGCCAGCAACGAGGACUCUGUGGAUGAUUAUGACAGGAUUUACACGACAACAACUGAGAAACCCAAGGAGCCGGAUGCCCGGGAAAUGGACUCCAAGGAAGUAGAAAAGGAAGAGGCCAAGUAUAGGGAAAAGGAAUUAAAAGAUGCAGAAGACGAAACAGAGGAAAGGGAUGAGGAAUCGAAGGAAACUGAUGAGGACGCGGAUGAAGACUCCAAGGAGAAGUAGACACCCCCGGAAUAAAAAUAAAUUAAUGGGAUAAUCAACCACUACAUCAUGUCAUAUUAGGUAUAUAAAAUCAAUGUUUAUAAGUGUGUGUAAAGAACAUAAAAUUAAUAUUUCAGUCACGACUACUAUACCAUAUAUAUUUAAUUAGGAAAAGCAAAAGAAAAAAACCUUAAAUUCGAAUGAAAUUUUAAUUAAUGAUUCAGGGGU